AUGGCUUUCAUCUUUCACACAGCUCCCCUCCUCCACUCCCUGACUCUCCUGUUCUCCAUCCUGGCAUUGAUAUUUGGAGCACUCUCCUGGUCUCUAACAAGCUCCCUACUCCUACCACUCCCUGCCUGGAUCCCAGCUACCACGACCCUACUCGCCCCUAUAACCAUCACCGCCCUCACAACCAUCCACAACCUCACUAAACACCACUCAUCGCGCACUACAGGAUUUAUACCAAAUACCAUCCAACGAUUCGGUUUCCUCAUCGACCAGCUCCAUUCCAUCCUUACUACCAUCCUCGCCACACUCGCCCUCACAUACCUCUUCCCAGAGAGCAUUCUAACCUGCCAUCUCGACGAGCAAUGGCAAACACUCUUCCAUGCUCGAGACGCACACGCCAUUCUCUCAAUCCAGGAGACUUUCCGGUGUUGUGGACUUCGCAGCACCCAUGACCGCGCGUGGCCGUUCAAGGAUCGCGAUCAUGGCGACGAUGCAUGUGAACGACAACUGGGGUUCCAUCGGAGCUGUUUUAUUCCCUGGAAGGAAAAGCAGCGGAGUGUUGCGUGGAUGGUUUUUAUAGCGGCGGUUCUGCUUUGGGGUGUGAAGAUUGGUUAUAUCCAGAUUUUCCGUCGGCGGACAAGCUGGAUGAAUGCGAGGUCUUCGGGUGGGUCAGUCAACUAUCAGACCAUUACCCAUCAGGAGGUGCAGGAUGAAGAUGUUGAGAAUGGAGGGGAUGAAGAGUCGAGGACAGCCUUGUUGCCGCAUACUGCUUCGGAAUACACUGAUAAUGAGUGA